UUAUUUUUUAAAAAUAUCUUCAGUCAAAUAAAAAUUAUCUUCAUCCGAAGCGUUUCUUCCAAAAUUUAAUAGCAUUUUUUUUACUACAAUCAACAUCACUAAAAUCCGGAUCAAUGGCUGAGGUGCCCCUCUCGGUUCAAAAACGAUCCAAUAUACCCCUGUUAUUUUUGGAUUAUUUGAUAACAUUUAUUUUAAAUAGCGAAAAGGAGUAGAUAUCGAUUCUGCCCUUUCAAACUUAACAAAAUUACUGACCCAACCAAGAGAAACCCACCCAAACCCUAAUCCGCCCAUAUAUCCCGGAUCCUAAGUCGGAUCUAACUGUUAAAAACUGCAUAAAAUCACCCUUCAUCUUCCCAAUCGAUCAAAAGUAAAUUAGGGCAAAAAAUUUAAAAGAAAAAAGCAGACGAAACGAUGAUUGAUCCUAGUUCGUCGGGACCACUACGAGCAGUUACUAAGAAAAACUAAGUCAAACUAUCUAACUCUCAUCACAACAGCAAUCGAUUUGUAGGCGAAUCAGAGAAGGCAUAUGGUGCGUACAAAGAGGCCGAAUUAUGGUUUAACUGAUGAGGUUCCAUCGGAGGUUCGAAGAUCUAAGAGAACCUCUCAGGUGGUCUAUGAAGACUCGGACCCGGAAUCUUCAGAGAACGAAGAAGCAGGAGGCAACGAUGGAGGCGACGGAAGCAGCUGAACCGUCACGGACGACGGCGCAUCCGAUUCUUCAAUGGGAACCGAGCCAAUGCUUCUGAUGGAGAUGUACUUCUAGCCAACGGAGUACGUGAAAAAGAUCAAGCUGUCUACAAGGUGUUAUAUCUCGAAAGCAGUGGAUUUACUGCUAAGUGGAUUAAAGUAUCCACUUAGACCAGAGGAGAAGAUUUGGUUUGUAGAUCACCCCCAAUUCAAACAUUUCUUCCACAUGCACAAGGACUCAAACCACAAGUUAAUGGGGAUGUGGUUGCUGAUUCUUCGAACGGCGGUUACGGAGAGGAAAAAGGAAGCCUGGUUCAUUGUGAAUGGCGUGCCCAUUCGGUAUGGUCUACGUGAACACGCCCUCAUCUCCAGUUUAAACUGUCGCAGCUAUCCUCCUAACUAUUCGGAAAUGGGCAGUAUGGAGUUCGUGGAGAAGCACUUUGGGGCGGGGGAAAAAGUAAGAUACUCAGAUGUGAAAGAAAAGCUGGAGAAUAUGAAAUAUUCUCCAGAUCGGUUAAGGAUGGCCAUCCUUUUCUUUCUAUCAAGCGUCAUUAUUGGGCAGUCUAAGACAGGAGGUGAUGCUACUUGUGUGGAGCGGUUCUUUCAACGAGCAGUCAGUGAUCUGCAUUUGUGUAGGACAUUUCUCUGGGGGAGAUUGUCUUUUGAUAACAAUAUGGAAGAGAUCCAGCAUACUGUGGAUCAUUUUAAAGGGGUUGUUAGCGGAUCAAAUUGGACUUAUCCAAGCUUCUGCAUUCCUUUGGAGCUUCUAGCGUUUGAAGCAAUUCCAUCACUGAAGAAGAAAUUCCGAGAAGUUGUUCCAUCUGCGAGAAAAACUUGUCCGAGGAUGUGCAAGAGCAAGUUCAAAAAAAGCGCCAUGAAAGGAUUUUCUCUCGAGGAAGUAAAUGAAGCACUUUGUACAACUAAGAUGUACGAAGAAGACGUGGCCGCCCGACUAGAAGACGCGAAUGCCGUCAAAGCCGUCAAUGCCGCGAACGCCGAGAACGCCACGAAUGCCGCCAAUGCCUCCACUGGUUUUGUCUCUGACUUGGUUGAGGUCGUACAGAGGCUGAAGACGGAAAUGGAGAGUGGGUUCAAGAAGAUGAAUGACAAGUUUGCUGGGUUCAACACAAGACUUGCAGCAGUGGAAGGCUAUGUGAAAGAGCAAUUAGAUGCUCGAAGCAUGUAUGAGGACGUCAAUUAUGAUGAUUACAUUCCUCGUUCUAAUGUGAAUAACAAUGAUGGAGCGGAAGGAGCAGAGGGAGAAGAGCAAGAAGCAGAAGUGGAGAAGGGAGCAGGGAAGGAGGCGAAGACAGGUGUUGAGGAACAAGAGAAGGAGGCAGAGAAGGAGGCGGAGAAGGAGACAAGGGUUGAGGAACAAGAGAAGGAGGCAGAGAAGGAGGCGGAGAAGGAGACAAGGGUUGAGGAACCAGAGAAGGAACAAGAGAAGGAACCGGAGGGAGAAAAGAAUGAAGCGGCUAAGGAGGCAGAGGAGGAAGAGGCAGAAGAGGCAGAGGAGGCAGAAGAGGCAGAGGAGGCAGAAGAGCAAAGCGGUAAUUCUUCAAUAACGCGAUGUAGCAAUGUUAUAAGAGUAGGAGGCAGAUUGCUGAAGGUCCCUAACAAGUCUGUGGCUGCUGUUUUAUCUAAAGCUAAGGAGGUAGAGGAAGCUAAGGAGGAAGAGGGAGCAAAGGAGGCAGAGGGAGCGAAGGAGACAGAAGAGACAUCUUCCUCCGCGGUGGGUAAGCAGGUGUAUCGAAGGAAAAAAAAAGGUUCACAGUCCCAAGUGGAGAAAGAGGCAGCCGACGAACCCCAGAAGAGGAAGAUAAAACGUUCCCAGAAUGUGCGACCUCCUUACACAGAGGAAAAGGCCAAGAGGGGCAGGAAAAAAUAG